CAAUUUGCAGUGUAAAACUUGUUUGAAUCACUCAGUUUUCAUUUCACUGAUCAAUCAUCGUUUUCUACUCAAUUCCCAAGAAAAACCAAACACCAGAAAAAAUGGCAUCCCACGAGCAGACCUACAAAGCUGGUGAAACCAAGGGCCAAGCCCAGGAGAAAACAGGGCAAACUCUGCAAGCCAUGAAGGACAAGGCAGGACAAGCCACCGGAGCCGGCCAGGAGAAAGCCGGAGCUGCAAAGGACAAGAUGGCCGAAACAGGGCACGCAACAGGGCAAAAGACUUCCGAGACAGCUCAAGCUGCUAAAGACAAAGCCGCUGCAGCAGCUCAGGCGACUAAAGAGAAGGCAUCUGAGAUGUCGGAGAGGGCUAAAGAGACGGCUCAAGCUGGGAAGGAGAAGACAGGAGGGAUAAUGCAGAAAACAGGGGAACAGGUGAAGAGUAUGGCUCAGGGUGCUGCUGAUGCUGUGAAGCAUACUCUUGGUAUGGCUGGAACUGGUGAAGAACCGGGACAUGAGACCACCACUGUGACCAAGGAAACCAAGAAGGACAACGCUUAGAUUUUUCGGCGUCUAGUCCCCCCGAUUCAUUUAGAAUUUGCUGUUUGCUUCAUUUUGAGUCCUCUGUAUUUUGUAUUUCGUCCUGUAUUUUGAGUCCUUUUUUUUUUCCCUGUAUUUUAAGUCCCCUUGGAUAUGGGUUCCGCCUCAGUUUUCUGGAGGCUCUUGUACUUUUCUUCACAUAGUUGUUACUCCCAGUAAUAAAUAUUUACGGGUCUUUCAUUUUGUUCCCCUGUUUCUUAUCCGUCUAGCUUUGUGAGAAUAGCAUUUCGGCCUCCGCUAGGGAUGUUCCUAAAACGUUCCUUGUAAUCAUGUAAUGUUCCCGAAUUUCCAAAAAGAAAAUGUAAUGUUCCCGGA